GGGGACGACUUGUUGACCAUGCUUGCGUAUUUGUUGGAUAUGGUUCGGCUAUCCUGCUUCGUCCAAAAUCCGCCUGUAGGGGGGCAUGCCCGACCUAAAGCUGGCCCCGACGGCGGCUGGCCGACCGCGGCACCGGCAUCUACCACCUGGGCGGGGCGCACAGCGGCUGCAACGAGGCGUCGCUGACCCUGGCGGACAUCUUCGAGGCGCGCCCAGACGGCUCGCCGCCCACGGCGGCCGUGCUCAUCAACUUCAUGAUCGACCUGCCGUGGCUCAUGGAGGAGUGCCCCACGCUGGUCAACGUGCCUUCGCUCACGGUGAUAUCCACCGAGGACCAAGGCGUCAUCGCCCAGGGCUCCGAUCGUCGUGGGGACAGGCCCACGCACGUGCAUCGCCCAUCGCUGCCCCUGCAGUGGGGCACCCACCACACGAAAGCGGCGCUGCUUGAGUACGAGGGUGCUCUGAGGGUGUGCGUCCACUCGGCGAACUACGUGUACUGCAACUGGCACGCGAAGAACCAGGGAAUUUUCGUGCAGGACUUCCCUGCACGAAACGUUGGGGACAGCAGCCCCGACGCGGACGCAUUUGGAUCUGAGUUUCAUCUGUACUUGCAACGGUACCUCGGACACUGCGGCGGGGUGGAUUGCCGCUUUCUGGACAGGUACGACUUCUCGGCCGCCUCUGUCGCUCUCGUCGGCAGCGUGCCUGGCUACCACAAGGGCGCGGAAGCUAGCCAGUGGGGCCACUUGAGACUCAGGAAGCUGCUGGCCCAGCACGCAGAGGUGCCCCUGGAGUGGCGCGGGCGCGGAGGUGUCCUGGCGCAGUUCUCCAGCCUCGGCAGCCUGCAGCCGAGGUGGCUGGAGGACUUCACCCACACGCUCAGCACGUCCACGGCCGGGGUGGACACGCGCCUGCAGCCCGCUCUGGCGGUCCCUUCAGUGGAGCAGGUGCGGGGCGGACUCGAGGGCUGGGCCGCGGGGUGCUCCGUGCCCAUCCGCAGGGAAAACCUGCAGCGGCCAUUCCUCGACGGCCUGUGGCGCAGGUGGGGCUUCGCGCCGGCCGAGGGUGGGGCCCUCGCCGCGAGAGCAGCCGAAGCCAUGCCGCACAUCAAGACGUACUGCAGGUAUGGGCCCGCCGAUGCCGACGGGCGAAGCACCAUGGCCUGGCUGUACUGUGGCUCGCACAACCUCUCCAAGGCGGCCUGGGGCGAGGCCCAGCGUGGCGGCAGCCAGCUGUGCGUGCGCUCCUACGAGCUCGGCGUGGUGUACUUCCCCCGCCGCCUGGAGCUUCUGGAGGCGGACCCCCGCCGCGGGGGCUUCUUCCUGCGGCGGCGGCCCCAGCCGACGGGCCCCGCCGCAGCCGGGGGGCCCGCCGCGCCCGUGCUCUGCCCGCGGAGAUGGCGGUACCCAACCGCGCUGCCGCCUGCGCCAGCUUGCGGCGCGGUGUGGGCCGUGAACCACACCGACUAUCUCGGCUUGGACCGCCACGGGCAGCCCGGCCCCACUGGCGUGGGCGUGAGAUAUUACGGCAACGGUCGGUGCAGGCCAGACCCGCCUUCGGCGGCCGAGGAGUUCCGACAGGGCCGCCGGCGCUUGCUGGCGACGGACGCCGCGGGCGCGGCGCAUGCGGCCUCGGCGGGGCCCGGCAGCGGCGGGCUGCAUGCUGGCGUGGUGGAGCUGCUCGACUCCGACGACGAGGCAGCGGAGGCGGCGGAGGACGACGAGCUGCGGCAGGCCGUGGCGGUGUCGCUGUCAGAGGCGCACGCGGGCGCGGCUCUCGGGGCGCGGGAGGACGAGGAGCUGCGCCUGGCCGUGGCCCUCUCACUGGCGGGCGCGGCGGGGGCCGCAGCGCCCGCGGCGCUCAUGGCGCCGCUGCCUCUGGAGGUCGGGGCCUCGCCGCAGGCGGGCGCGGCGGCGGCGGCGCCUGCUCCAGGGUCGGGCUCCGGGGGGACGCGACCUGGGCACAGGAGCUUCGCGGAGGUGGUCGCGGCGCUGGAGGGGUACCCCAGCCGCGCACCCCGAGACCCGCCGGGCGGUGCGGUCGCGCACGACGGCAGGCCAUCCACGUUCAAGACCUUCCACGCGCUGUGCAGGCUGACGAUAUCAACUCGCAUCGCGGCGCCGACGACCAUCACUCGAGUCCCAAAACCCAAGCAUCCUGACAAACUCUCCGUGCCCGCGCUCGACGUGCACGCGGCCACGACCGACGCGACGGCAAUCUUGGACAUGAGCGCUGAAAACCACAUCGGGACGACGAGCGUCGACGCCAUCGAGGAUCGCAACCUGCGGGCUCUUGGAAGGAUCGCGUGCAGCCAAACUUGCUGGCCGCAGUGGCGGCGCUGA